AGACCGGGACAGACCGGGUCUGAGUGCUCCUGCAGCCGCAGCUCGUCCCCGCCGCUCUCACAGGACCACUUCAGGACCGGCCCCUGUGUCGCACCGGACCGGACCGGACUAGUCCCGGUCCCGCUUACCGGUUAGCUGGCUCUGCCCCCCGCUACAUGGCUCGUUAGCACGGGGCUAACCGUGGUCAACCGGUGGAGAGAUUCAGACCGGGAAUGGACAGAGCUGGCUCGGAUAACCUCUCCAGAAGACACCGACGAGAUUAACCCGACCUACCGCUCCUGCCCAGCCGGUUGUUGGCGUCGCCGUCAUCCCCAUCAUGGUGCAGAAGUACCAGUCGCCCGUGCGGGUGUACAAGCAUCCCUUCGAGCUGGUGAUGGCGGCUUACGAGCGCCGCUUCCCCACGUGCCACCUCAUCCCCAUGUUCGUGGCGAGCGACGUGGUGGACGAGGAGACCAGCGAGGACGGCGCCACGCACAAGAUCGAGCGCCGCUGCGCCCUGGACGUGGACGCUCCGCGGCUGCUGAAGAGAAUCGCGGGCGUGGACUACGUCUACUUCAUCCAGAGGAACACGCUGAACCGGAAGGAGCGGACGCUGCACAUCGAGUCCCACAACGAGACCUUCUCCAACAGGGUCAUCAUCCACGAGACCUGCUGCUACUCGGUCCACCCGGACAAUGAGGACUGGACGUGCUUUGAGCAGACCGCCAGUCUGGACAUCAAGUCUUUCUUUGGCUUCGAGAGCACGGUGGAGAAGAUCGCCAUGAAGCAGUACGCCAGCAGCAUCAAGAAGGGAAAAGAGAUCAUCGAGUUCUACCUGAAGGAGCUGGAGGACGAAGGCAUCACCCACGUCCCCCGCUGGAGUCCCUCCGCCCUCCCCCAGCUGCUCCCCAGGCCCAGCAGCCUCUCCGCCAGCGCGCCCGCCCUCCCCAAACCCGCCGCCGCGCCCGCCGCCUCCGUCCCGCCGGCCGCCGACGCCAGGGACGGCGCCGCGCACGACGCCAAGCAGGACGGCGGCGCGCUGCCGGCGGACGGCCAAUCGGAAACCUCGGCCGGCACACCUGAUGACAAGCUGGAUGCAGACUACAUCAAGCGCUACCUGGGCGACCUGACGCCGCUGCAGGAGAGCUGCCUGAUCCGCCUGCGCCAGUGGCUGCAGGAGACGCACAAGGGGAAGAUCCCUAAAGACGAGCACAUCCUGCGCUUCCUGCGAGCGCGGGACUUCAACAUGGACCGGGCGCGGGAGAUCCUGUGCCAGUCCCUGACCUGGAGGAAGCAGCACCAGGUGGACUACCUGCUGGAGACCUGGACCUCCCCUCAGGUGCUGCAGGACUUCUACACGGGCGGCUGGCACCACCACGACAGAGACGGCCGUCCUCUCUACAUCCUGAGGCUGGGACAGAUGGACACCAAGGGGCUGGUCCGCGCUCUGGGAGAGGAGUCUCUGCUCAGACACGUGCUGUCCAUCAACGAGGAGGGUCUGAGGCGCUGCGAGGAGAACACCAAGGUGUUCGGCCGGCCCAUCAGCUGCUGGACCUGCCUGGUGGAUCUGGAGGGGCUGAACAUGCGUCACCUGUGGCGGCCCGGGGUCAAGGCGCUGCUGAGGAUCAUCGAGGUGGUGGAGGCCAACUACCCCGAGACCCUGGGCCGGCUGCUGAUCCUGAGAGCGCCCAGGGUCUUCCCAGUGCUCUGGACCCUGGUGAGCCCGUUCAUCGACGAGAACACCCGGAAGAAGUUCCUCAUCUACGCAGGCAACGACUACCAGGGUCCGGGGGGGCUGCUGGACUACAUCGACAAGGAGAUCAUCCCCGACUUCCUGGGAGGGGAGUGCAUGUGCGAGGUGCCCGAGGGCGGCCUGGUGCCCAAGUCCAUGUACCGCACGGCCGAGGAGCUGGAGAACGAGGACGUCCGCCUGUGGACCGAGACCAUCUACCAGAGCGCCAGCAUCUUCAAGGGAGCGCCCCACGAGCUGCUCAUCCAGAUCAUCGACGCCUCCUCCGUCAUCACCUGGGACUUCGACGUGUGCAAAGGCGACGUGGUUUUCAACAUCUACCACUCCAAGCGAGCCCCCCAGCCGCCCCGCAAAGACCCCCUGGGGACCCACGGCAUCGCCUCGCCCGGGGGCAACAACGUCCAGCUCAUCGACAAGUCCUGGACCCUGGGCCAGGACUACAGCAUGGUGGAGUCGCCGCUCACCUGCAAGGAGGGCGAGAGCGUCCAGGGCUCUCACAUCACGCGCUGGCCGGGGUUCUACAUCCUGCAGUGGAAGUUCCACAGCAUGCCGGCCUGCUCGGCCACCAACCUGCCCCGGGUGGACGACGUGCUGGCCACGCUGCAGGUCUCCUCCCACAAGUGCAAAGUCAUGUACUACACCGAGGUGCUGGGCUCCGAGGACUUCAGAACGGCUUGCUGUGAUGUGCAGAGUCUGGGUUCGAUGACGAGUUUGGAGUCGAGCCACAGCGGUUUCUCUCAGCUCAGCGCCGCCACCACGUCCUCCAACCAGUCCCAGUCCAGCUCCAUGAUCUCCAGGUAGAGCAGGGCCCCCUGCUCCACCCUGCUCCACCCUGCUCCACCCUCCAGAGCGCUCAUCGUCCACACCCAGGCCCCGUCUCCGUCUCCAUCUCUGGACUCUGUGGACCCCAUGACAGGAAACUGAAACUGAACCAUAUAAAGGGCUGAUUCUUUGCACAAAGGUGGUCUGUCUUGGUGCCUGGCGCUUCUGCCGGGCCGCAGCUCGAACCAGACGAUUCACGCCGAAUGUUUGCAUCGCGUCUCGCUCCGGGCGGAGAGGCGACGAGCGCCGCCUCCGAGGCACCACCAGCCCAAAACCAAGCAAUACUCUCCACCCGGAGCGGCCGCACCACAGGACGACACUGGAGGCACUGUUACACACACACACACACACACACACACACACACACACACACACACACACACACUGAUCCAGGACAUUUGUGCUGUUUGUCAAUCAGAUGUGGGCGGAGCCAAAGUCGUAAGUAGGUCAAAUAUCACCUGCAGACAGUUUAAACAGUUCCCAUUCAUUCCAGACACACACUGUAAACCGCCACACACACACACACACACACACACACACACACACACACACACAAGGGCUCUUGUCACCUCUCGUCGCGCCACUUCAAGCUUUUGUCGGGGUCUGACUGACGUUGGUCAGAAGCAAUAACAGCAGUUUGACUUUGUACUGUGUGAACUCUCUCUAGACGCCGUGGAGGUGUGUGGGGGCAUCAGGGGCAUGGGGCUGGGGGGGUCAGGGGUCAGGGCAGGUGAGCUGGGUCUGCUCAGGACAUUUGAGGCACUUGAAGCAUUUUUUUUCCCCUCAUCUCCAGAGAGGAAGUCGGAGCCGGACGUUCUCCUGGACACCCAGAGAGGAGGUUCCUGUUUGGUCUGAUUCUCUCACUAGUUGUGAGGAACAUGCAUUUGAGGGAUGAGCUGUUGGACUGGUUUAUUUAAGUGAAGUGAGGAGCGCCAGCCCGCUCGUCUGGCGGAACGUCUGCACAGGCAGAACAUGCAGACUCCCACCAGGGGCUGUGACACAUCCCGCACUCCGCCGCUCAUCCCACAAAUGCCUGUUCAGUCCGAGGGAGCCACCAGUGAGAGGAGAGCCGAGCAGAACUGCGUACUGUUUGUGUUUCCGUUCCUCCACAGGGUCCGGUUUCUCCCGUCUGCACAAAGGAACUCCGGCCGCGCCGCCGAUGAAAUGCCUGAGUUUGGCCGCUUGUGGCGUAACUGGGCGGAACUGCCAUGUUUAGUUUUUAUUCCUCAGCGAGGUAGACUGGAGUGCAUUAUGGGUGAAUGUUACGUCGCGGGUUUGUUACCGGGGGGUUGACGCAUCAGAUAUUUAAGAUUUAGCCAUUUUAAGAGCCAUGUGUCAAUAAAAAAAAAAAACAUUUUAGCCUUUUGUACACAUCACUUAGAGACGUGUUGGCUUUGUUUGUUUUCUGCUGUUUUUCCGGGUCACCGCUGUCACACAUCGCAAACAACAUUUCAACAUGCAGCAUUUAUACAAAAAAAUAAAAUAAAAAUCCAGUUGAUUUGGUUAAUGAGCGUCCGGGACUGAGACCAUCACUAUUGCCAAGAGUCUUUGGAUGCUGUUGCCAUGGUAACUGAGUGCAGCUGAUAGCAAAAAAAAAAAAAAUUAAUAAAAUGGAAUAAAAGGAGUGAAGGCAGGAGCCGACUCACCGUCUGGUUUUGAUACAGUAAACUGCAGG